UUCAGAUAGGCGGCGCAGACGUGGGCAGAGUAUGAGGGUAUAGGAAGAGCAGAGAGCGGUAGGAUAGGUAGUAGUGUUUGCGUGAGGCUGGCAGACGGCGUGGUCUGGGUCUGAGACGAAGCACAAACCUCAGGAACUUGAUGUAGACCAGUGAGGUGAUAAUCACAGAUCACCUGGACUUUUCUGCCCAUCUGUGCCUCUCCAAGACAACAACCAGCGCCUUCUUCAGAGAAGCAACAGGAGGUGGACCUAUUGGGUGGGUCUGUUUUUGUUUAUUUUUUUUUUGUUUGUUUUUUUUAUACUCCUUUUUUUUUUCUUUUUCUUUAUCUUGUUCCUGGGUUUUGGAGUAGGCUCCGGGCUGGACCGCAUGCAUGACACAACGCAAAGGCGAGAAACCCACCAUCAGCAUCCAGGAGCACAUGGCCAUUGACGUGUGCCCUGGCCCCAUCCAGCCCAUCAAGCAGAUCUCGGACUACUUCCCCCGUUACCCGCGGGGCCUCCCCCCUGUCGCGCCCCAGCAAGCGGGCCACACCGGGUCCCUACGCUCUGCCCUCUCAGCUUCCUCCGGCGCCGCUGAAAGUGACCGCUCCAAUGAGGACAACCCAGAACGGGCGUGUGCUGGAGCCUCCGCCUCCUUACAGGCCGUCAAGAGGGACGAGGAACCGGACGUGGAAGGAUACGACUCAGAUGACUCCACCACACUGGGAACCCUGGAGUUCAGUUUGCUCUAUGACCAGGAGAACAACGCGCUGCACUGCACUAUUAACAAAGCCAAGCUUCCCAUCCCCAGGUACAAGAAGGGGCUCAAGCCGAUGGACCAUAAUGGGCUGUCAGAUCCCUACGUCAAACUGCACCUACUGCCCGGCGCCAGCAAGGCCAAUAAACUUCGAACCAAGACCCUGCACAACACACUCAACCCCGUCUGGACCGAGACCCUGACCUACUACGGCAUCACUGAUGAGGAUAUGGUUCGCAAAACCCUCAGGAUCUCAGUCUGUGAUGAGGACAAAUUUCGCCACAACGAGUUCAUCGGGGAAACACGAAUCCCUCUCAAGAAGCUGAAGCCCAACCAAACCAAAAACUUCAACAACUGCCUGGAGAAACAGCUGCCUGUCAACAAGACGGAAGAUAAAUCUCUGGAGGAACGUGGACGCAUCAUGAUUUCCCUCAAGUACAAUACCCAGAAGUCUUGCUUGGUGGUAGGCAUCAUACGGUGCGCUCACCUCGCCGCCAUGGAUGCCAAUGGCUUUUCCGACCCCUACGUCAAAACGUACUUGAAGCCUGAUGAGAACAAAAAGUCAAAGCACAAGACUGCUGUGAAAAAGAAGACGCUCAAUCCUGAGUUUAACGAGGAGUUCUCCUAUGACAUAAAAUACGCUGACCUCACCAAAAAGACCUUGGAGGUGACCGUGUGGGACUACGACAUUGGAAAGUCGAAUGAUUUCAUAGGUGGCGUAUCUCUGGGUAUCAAUGCAAAUGGGGAGCGGCUCAAACACUGGUUCGACUGCCUGAAAAACAAGGACAAAAAAAUUGAACGCUGGCACACGCUGACCAAUGAAUUACCUGGCUCAUUGAAUGACUGAAGACCCACACCCUGUCGUCCAGCCUGUUGGCCCACCCCCUUACCCCCCUCACCUGGCUGCAACAGAUAGGACUCCUGCCUUCAUUUCCAGACUCCUCUGCCCACCUUUUUCUUCUCCAGAUUUUCCCCGUUGGCCGCAGCAACGCUUGAAACAUCUCUUUUGGGAAUAUAUUUCCACUCAACAGGGCUCGACUAAAAAUAUCUCAUAUCUUUCACAUGCACAACAGAAGUGGCACAGCUCAUUUACUUUCCUUCUUAGGUUUGUUCAAUCAACAAAGUGAGUGAAGGGGAUUUGGGCGUUGACUCUUAGGCUUUUGAGCUUUCUUGCAUGAUCAGUGAAAGACAGGAAGAGCAAAUGCCAUGUGUUUGUUGAGAAGUUUUACAGCAGCUGAAUACACUUCGUUCCUCCUCACGACAGCAAAAGAAAGUUCUUGCUCCUUCAGGCUGUGAGAUAAAUCAAAGCUUCGGCUAGUAAAAUACUUACAAAUAUUUCCCUAUGUGCGUGAACAAUUGGUG